AGUUCAGAUCAGGGACGGACUGACCAUUUGGAAACUCGGGCACUGCACGGGAGCCUGGGGUCAGUAGGGGGCCCCAUGAGAUGCCCCUGGUACCUUUUUCAUAGGCUUUUUUGAGUUUGGGCAAGAACACAGGGGCCCCAUGAUCCCCUAUUGCCCGGGGGCCCCAUGAGUUGUCAGUCCGCCGCUGGUUCAGAUGAUUGAUGGUCAGCUUAGUGCUCACUUACAGUGAUGGUCAGUGUAGCACU